UUCUGUGGCCGUUCUGUGGUCAUCCUCUUCAAGACCGUGGCUCUUCAUCACUCAACCAAGCGCAUGCGGGACUGGGAAUUGCUUCUGGUCGAGUCUGUUUAUCUGUCGCCUCAUCCCCCGCCUUCUUUUUCCCUUUUCGUUUCCUCCUGGACCUUUCUGCUCUUUGCAUCUACCAAGUAUCUCUCAUGUCGCAGCGCCGCUACUUUCUGGCUGCCUGAUCCAUUCGCUGCAGCUCAUUGUUUGCGCCGUGUUCCUGAGCCCCGCCAUUGAUUCGUUCUGAGCUGGCCGCCAUACCAUACCACUGUGUACACAUUCACUAUCCCGAUCCUUUGAUCCCAUCCCUUUGGUGAGUCGCCAUGGGCGACAUCAGGGAGUACUCGGAGCUCUCCGAGGACAAGACGGAGCCGUUCUCGCAAGGUGAGAUCCAGGCCCGCCUCCAGCGGUCCCGCAUGGAGGAGUUCAACACCAUCAACAGCGCAGUUCCGCUGGACAAGCUGGUGGUGCCCCCGGAUGACGACAUUCGCAUUCUGAUGAGGCCUCUGGCUCGGGACCGCACCGUUCGCGAGGAUCGCAAUGUGAUGCCGCUCUCUUUGCGCGCCGAGGCCGCGGAGGCGGAGGAGAUGACGCAGCAGGUUCUGGCCGUCCGCCAGACCGCUCGCGAUAUCAGCUUCACCGUCAGCAUCCCCGACUAUCGGAAUCCGGACCGCCGGCUGGCCUGUAUCAUUUACUACGAUCCGGCCAGCGACAACCAGAUUCUUUCUAACCGGUCCAACGUCCCGUUCACCCUCUCCAGGGUAUCUCAGGAACCUGAGGAAAUACGCGGGUCGCAGUACCAAGUUAAUCCUGACUUUCACAAGCCUCUGACGCCAGGCACCUGGCGGAUUACGAUGGGCGGGACCGAUUUGCUCGACUUCCGUCUUCUCGAGAGGCGGCCGGUGCGAUUGCGUACCGCCUCGAGUUCCUCAUCAGACACGUCGACUUCGACCUCGGCGUCGGGGUCGGGAUCGGGCUUGGGGACGAGUGAGGUGGUGAACUCGUCUGGCAAAAGGCUGUUUGUCGCCGACGAGGACGGCCCCGCGAGUCCCGAGAAGCGGCGCCGCCCGACGAACGGUGGCGACAAAAACGAGAACAGUGUUAUCCGGUUCCUCCCCGCAGGUGCCAAAGGAAAGGAACUCGUGGCGUCCACUGGGCACCCGCUCCUGGAUCUGCAGUCAGACGAGACCCUUGAGGUUUCACGUGGCGCGGGGCUGGUCGGUUACACAAUCACCAAAAAAGAUCCGAUUGCAUCCACGACAUUGUCCAGUGUCUUUACCGCCGAAUACUCCGAGGCGCCCGGCCGCUACGUCGUCGCCAAAGUCCUGAAGACGACAGUGCCCGCCACCGCACACACCAACGAGGGCGCCCUCGCCAAGACGGUCAUCCGACAGGCCCAGACCUGGCUACGGGAGCUGGAGAACCAGGAGAAGCUCAAGCACAAAAACAUCGUGCAAAUAUACGGCGGUGACGCCCGGUUUCUGUCUUUGUACAUGGAGCCUGUGGAUGGGCGGGAUCUUUCCGCCAGGGGUGUCUGGCGCACCAGCGGGACCGACCUGUUCUCGGGCGACCGGUCCGACGCGCUGCGGAUUCUGAAAGACGCCUCCAGCGGUUUGCACUACCUCCACAGUUUGCGGCUAGAGCACAACGAUAUCAAGCCGGGAAAUAUCUUGUACAGCCGGGAGCGUGGGGCUGUCGUUUGCGACAUGGGUCUGUCGUCUGAGAAGGGCGCCAGCACCGGCGGCGGCACACCGUGGUACGUCCCGCCGGAAUACAUUGGUCUGCGGCAGCGUGGGCCGCCGAGCGACGUGUGGGCGCUGGGCGUGGUGAUGCUGUAUGUCAUGGGCAAGAUCUCGUGGCCGGACAUCCGGGCUCACCGCCAGCACCCCCGGCACCUGUACUGGACCAUUGCCGACGUGCACGAGAAGGAGCGGCAGCGGCAGGUCACGGCCGUGUCGCGGAUGCGCGCCUGGCUCGGCGAGGUCAACUCGGUGCGGAACGGGCUUGAUGUUCACGACAAGUUGGAACGGCUGGUGCACGGCAUGCUCGCCCCGAACCCGAGGGAGCGGUUGACGAUGAAGGAGAUUGUCAACCAGCUGUUUGCCGAGCAGGGGACGGAUCGGUGAAGGGCAAACGACGAAGAAUAAGCAUUGUACCAACAUUUUACCCCACCGUCGUCCGCUGGCUGGGCGGGCGGGUUGACAUCACAAAAGCCCAACACCAACGAACAUCAACCGCAUCGAUCGCAACAUCAUCACUCAACCCUCCAUUAUUUCUAUUUACCCACCCGCCCGCCAGGGCACACACCAUCUCACCCGCCCAUCCCCAAAACAAACACCACCACCAGCGCCACCACCGACGACAUCACCGCCGCCAUAUCCCCCCCCCUCACCGACGACGCCGCAU